AUGCUGGUAUGGCUGACGCGCUGCCUGCCCGGGUUUAGCAUCAUUGGCCUGGCAAUCCUGUUGCUGUGUGCUUUCUCCGAUAUUUGCAAGUCCUCCCUAUGGAAGAGCUUCUUACCCUCAAAUCCAGUUCAUCCUAGCAAACCCUCGCCACAAGAUGGGUUCUGGAGUGGGCUCAACCUGGCCCAGGCCAUUUUCAUCAUCUAUGCAGUGCUCAUCCACUGCCACAUGCUCGGCUUUACGCUGCGCCUGGGUUGGUCUAUCUUCAGCGCAACUACCAACGCAAAGCAGGCCUUUAACCGGCGCAUCUGGCGUAGCCCUAUCCAGUCACCCCAGAUGACUGGCGAGGAGCUGAGUGAGCAGCCUCUGUCCCCAAUCUCGCUCGCCUCCGAUUCGUCCAUCUCCAAAAAGUUUGACGAUGUCAAUAUAACCGUGAACGAGUUCCAGGAGGAGGAGCUGAUUCACGCGAUUAUUAUUCCCAAUUACUGUGAGGAUCUACACACUCUGGAGACCACCCUCAAGGUAUUGGCUAGCCACCCACGGGCCCAAAGACACUAUGAGGUAGGUUUUCCAUACCUUGGAGAUGAGCCGGGACAUGACCCGGGCAGUAUGUGA